GGGCUUCGGCGUCCCUGACACCCCCUCCCCCGGUUACCCCUGCCCGCGCCCUCCUGAGCUCCUCGGCGCCCCGCGUCCCGCGCCCGCCUGCACCGCUCCUGCUCCCCACGCUCGGGCCGGAGGCAGAGGAAGGCAGGCGAAGUGAGGGGGCGCGGCGUAGAGAAGCUGCCGGGCCCUGGCCGGGUCCGAGGCCGCUGCCGGGAGCAGCAGCGAGCGCCUAGUACCGAGCGCCAGGGACAGCUGGAGUUUGCGGAGCGCUGCCACGGGGGGCGGACGGCACAGCCCGAGUCGUGCGAUGCCCGGCCGCCGACUGUGAGCCAAGCCGGGAGGGCCCCGGACCACCUACGCCCCCCUCCCCUCUCCCAAUCCCCUGUCUUUCGGGGGCGCCCCAAACCCCUUUUCUGAGGUUGGCGGCAACCCCUGAAGACGCCCAUCGCGCGCCGCUCCUUCCCCGCCGCCGCCACCAACCCCGAGGAGGGAUGACCCUCUCCGGUGGCGGCAGCGCCAGCGACAUGUCCGGCCAGACGGUGCUGACGGCCGAGGACGUGGACAUCGAUGUGGUGGGCGAGGGCGACGACGCGCUGGAAGAGAAAGACAGCGAUGGGGGCUGCGACAGUCCCGCGGGGCCGCCCGAACUGCGCCUGGACGAGGCGGACGAGGUGACGCCGGUGGCACCCCACCACGGGCAGCCUCAGCCGCCGCACCAGCAGCCCCUGGCACUACCCAAAGAGGUGGCUGGAGCCGGGGCCGGGCCAGGGGGCGAGGCGGGAGCAUCCGAGGCCGACGGCUGCAAGAGCGGCGCUGGCGGCGAGGAGGGCGGCGGGAGCGGUGGCGGGCCCGGCUCCGGCAGCGGUGCUGCGGGCGGCCUGGCCCCGAGCAAGCCCAAGAACAGCCUGGUGAAGCCGCCCUAUUCGUACAUCGCGCUCAUCACCAUGGCUAUCCUGCAGAGCCCGCAGAAGAAGCUAACUCUGAGCGGCAUCUGCGAGUUCAUCAGCAACCGCUUCCCCUACUAUCGGGAGAAGUUCCCCGCCUGGCAGAACAGCAUCCGCCACAACCUCUCGCUCAACGACUGCUUCGUCAAGAUCCCCCGUGAACCGGGCAACCCGGGCAAGGGCAACUACUGGACCCUGGACCCUCAGUCCGAGGACAUGUUCGACAACGGCAGCUUCCUGCGGCGCCGGAAACGCUUCAAGCGCCACCAGCAGGAGCACCUGCGUGAGCAGACGGCGCUCAUGAUGCAGAGCUUCGGCGCCUACAGCCUGGCGGCGGCGGCCGGCGCCACGGGGCCCUACGGCCGCCCCUACGGCCUGCACCCUGCGGCCGCGGCUGGCGCUUACUCGCACCCGGCGGCCGCGGCAGCUGCGGCGGCGGCCGCGGCGCUCCAGUACCCGUACGCGCUGCCGCCCGUGGCCCCCGUGCUGCCGCCCGCCGUGCCGCUGCUGCCUUCGGGUGAGCUGGGCCGCAAAGCGGCCGCCUUCGGCUCGCAACUCGGCCCGGGCCUGCAGUUGCAGCUCAACAGCUUGGGAGCCGCCGCGGCCGCCGCAGGCACGGCGGGCGCCGCGGGCACCACGGCGUCGCUCAUUAAGUCCGAGCCGAGCGCGCGACCGUCGUUCAGCAUCGAGAAUAUCAUCGGAGGGGGCCCCGCGACUCCCGGGGGCUCUGCCGCGGGCGCUGGGGGCGCCGGGGUAACUGGGGGCACCGCGGGUAGCGGAGGCGGUGGCGCCGCGCAGUCCUUCCUGCGGCCGCCCGGGACCGUGCAGUCGGCAGCACUCAUGGCCACGCACCAGCCUCUUUCACUGAGUCGGACGACGGCGACCAUCGCGCCGAUUCUGAGCGUACCGCUCUCUGGACAGUUUCUGCAGCCUGCAGCCUCGGCUGCCGCUGCUGCCGCCGCCGCUGCUCAAGCCAAGUGGCCCGCUCAAUAGGGACGCGCCGGUGGCCGGGAUGCGGGGCCUGGCAGCGGCCUGGAGAGUCGACUGCAAUUUGCAAGCUGCGCGCCCCGCCCCGCUCCUGGCCCCCCUGCCCAAUCCUGGACUCUGCCUCUCUUCCAUUUCCUCCCCCCGACCCCUCAACACCGACCUUCGGCGGCCUCCACCCAGUCCUGCACACCUAGGCUGGCGGAGCAAACUCUCACCGCUCGCCCGCGGGGAGUAUCUUUCCAUACAGGUAAAACCGAAAACCGAUUUUUCCAAAACUGUACCCGGACGGCGCCUGCUCUCAGUACCUGGGGGAUGAGAGGGAAAUUCUUUGUACAUAUUUGUAUAAAAAUUAUUGACUUUCCUUUUGGGGUUUUUAUUUUUUUAAGAAAAAAAAAUUCAGUAGAUUUAGAGCUCUGAACUUUCAUUUUUUCUGAAGGUUCACUCUCCGCAGUUUUAUGUGAGAAAAAAUGUAUAGAGACGUUGGGAGAUUUUAAAUAUAAAAUUUUCAGAAGACGAAAGUCAUUCUAUAUAAAAGUCUGUUUAUAUAUAAUGAAUAUAUAUGGUAUUCUAAAUGUUAUUCCAUCGUGUUGUACACAACUUUGUAAAUAAAAUUUUUAAAGGCUCA